CCCAAGCUUCGAAUCAGCAAAUCUUAUAUCAUAACCCAUCAGCUACUACAUCAGGUUCGGGAUUCCCGUCCACGCAGCAUUCAGUGUACCAGUACCAGCAGCCAUUCCCAUCGUCUUACUCAAAUUAUAUACCUCCCCAAUAUCCAACGCACAGCGACUCCCAGCAGAGAUUCAAUUCCCACCAACCUUCAGAGCAUAGUUCUCCUUAUCAUGGCGGCAGCAGCGGAUACGAAAAUUCUGCUCCAAUGUUUCAAAUCUCUUCUCAGGAGACAGUUGUUCCACCAAGUAAUAGCCGUGCAGAAAUUGUUAAUUUGACUUUGAACAAUUCUGAGCCAGCAAAGAAUACCGCACCUGAUCGCGGCGAGGGCAUAUCCAUCGAGGGAAAGUGGAACCCAAAUGUCCCAACUAUUCCACAUUACGAGCCGCUGGAUAAGUCGUUCUAUGUUCGGCAUUCAAGCUUCUUUGUGGAAGGCAAAAUGUUUUCCGUUUUAUUUCCAGAGCCGCUAGGCUCAACUGCCACCCAAUACAACGACUCCGUCUCUAUCGUUAAAUUUGGCGUUGCGAUCCACUCUCAAAUCAGGCGUUUCAUAGUAGUCCAACGCAAGCCCGAGUUUUGCUACGCUUGUCCCGUGUUUACGUACGGUGGGCGGGCUACGACAAAGCGUGGGCUUCGUCCGUGGGAACAUUCUGUAGUUCACACCACAGGAACAGACGCGCAACUUCUGCCAAACGAGACUGGGAUUAAGUAUCUACGCAUCACGGUUGACCCAGCUCCUGAUGUUGAACCCCUUCAUCCCGCCUCCCGGAUCUAUUUUGGCAUCCACCACCCAAUUCAGUACAAUGUCAGGGUCAAGGAUUUAGGCCAAGUGAUAGAACCUCAUGUUCCUCGUCUCCUCGGAUACUGGGUGCGCGAGAACAAGGGGAUGUAG